CCUUACUUAGCUCGUGGCUUGCCAUCUGCCAUCUGUCAACUGCCAAUAUCUACGUACCUAGUACCUAACAUUGAGGCACAAUUGUGCGCCGUCCUGAGGUUACCUUUCCUCACCUGCUUAUGCAGUAACUUGCCAUUGAAUACUGCAUCGGCUGCGGCUGCUACUAGGUACCUUACCUGACCAUCUCGUUUCCCUGGUGUUGGUCUUCUUCACACUCUAUCCUCUCCCUCCCACAAAGUGAACGAUUGGUUCCUGGACGCUCCUUAGCACUUCUUCACCAUCUCUCUUCUUCCCCCUUCUUGUGCUGCCUCUUCUGGAUUCUGCCUUCUGCUUGAACCAGGAAGCGCCCUUCGCUGCAGACCAGUCUUCGCAUCUGCCGUCUUACGAUUCUGACGAUUAGAUAUUUCAUCUGCUUCUGUCAUCACGCUCCCACCGCCCUACAGAGAGUCCCGAUACGCUUUCUGCGCCGCACCUCACGGACCUCCCUUUUCACAAACUUCCCCUCGACUCCCAACCCCCCCCAGGCUCGAGUUCCUCCGACGCCUUACGCAUACAAGCCUCUUGCUCACGCCAGCUCUUCGCCAUUCGGUGUAAUCAGUCUUCUCCCCAUGAAAUUGCCGUCUUGGACCUUCUGUAAUGAUCAAUGAUAUACGCAUCUGACGUCGCCCCCGCCUGAUAUCUACCCACCUACCUACCUACCUCACAUUCACGAACCGACCAAUCGACAGCACUCACUCUUCGCUUCCCCCGACCCCCAAGCCGCCGAUUGCACCCCUGGCCUUCCUUUGGCUGUCCUCUGAACUCCUCGAUAUCCUCAGAUCUGCACAAUUCCGUUUGUUAGGGUGGUUCAUGUCAUGUUCAAGUUAGGGUUGUGUGAACUACAGUAGAAUUGCUAUGAGUGGGGAUCAGCUGGCGUCCAGCUUUGGAAACCCAAACGCUCAGCCGCCCACCCCCAAACAGACUCCCACCUCCGCCGUUUUCCCGAGCCCCGUUUUCGAAACCCCCAAGCAGUCCCAGGGUCACUUUGACGACGCUGGCGGUUGGACGCCUCGCUUUGCAGAGGAAUACUCCGUCUUCAACACAACCCCAGGUAACCUUCGAGGCUCUCCGGGUUCCUUUCCCGACUUUGCCACAGGUGCUACUACCUUUCCUGCUUCGGCAAGCCUCAAGAGGCCUCUGUCCGCCGAGAGCCUCGCUGCUCAGAUAGCAACACAUGCCAACCACUUCUCUCCCAACGCGAACCUACCUCUACCCCCGGUCACCGCAGCUCGACGACUGCCCUCUUCUCCCAGGCCCCCGAUCGAACAAGCAGACUUUUCCAGCCAGGAACGCGGUUCGGCCAGCCCAGAGCAGGCGUCACAAGACAACAUCGUAAAAAGUUCACAAGGCAGGGAGAGCGUGGCGGAUCUGAACGGGCAAACGGCAACUCCUCCCCCAUCUUCCCACAAGGGUGGCCGGAAGCUUGCUCCGAAGCUACAGGACGACAACAUGCAGAAUGACCAUGGCUACGGCCAGCCUGACUUUUCUGGAAACCCACAACAUCCCAACAUGGCGGCCUUUGUGACUGCUACCGACAUGUUCGGAUAUCCCAUGUCGGCUCCGGCAAACGCUUCCGCAAGCUUCUGGGAUCCGAGUGCCGACAUGUCGGGCAUGGAAAUCGACUUCUCCUUUGGUCCUAAUGUCUUUCAAACUUCGGGACAUCGCCAUAUGCCUUCCUUUGACGCCUCGCAAAUGUUCCAAGAGCCCGCUACCCUGCCGCCGUCAGGUAGCCAAGAGACUGCCCAGCCCAUCAAACGGACACGGCCCCUGGCUCCUAAACCUGUCAUGAACAACAUCCAGUCUAGCUCGGCAGACAUCUCCAUGGUUACAAACUCGUUCUCAACCUCCAUGGAGGACCCCUUCGGUAUUAUGAGUCCCGGCGGAGUCGAUCCUGGUGUCUUGUUCGGUCGACCGCUAUCUACAAACAUGGGUGCAAACAUCCCCGUCACACAAGGCUCGGCACAGUUUGCCCUUGCAGCGGCUGCAGAAUCACAAUCGAGAGCGCCUAUGCACGGCGAUAUUCGUCGCUCCCUCAGUACCAAGGAGCUGGGUCAAGGAAGGCCAUCCGGUCAUGCUUCUCUCAAUUCCCCGGUCAAAACGAAUGGGCGGCUCAAUGGACUGCAACGAAGUGCCAGUGAGAAUCGUGGAAGACGCGGACUCGCAAAGCCGUCAUUGCCUAAGCUCGCUCCAGCCAUACAGCCGAGGCCUCAGGUGGCCAAUGGUCCCGUAGCUGGCCCAAGUAGGCCACCGAGCCGCCCGUCUGGCAGGAUCUCGCCCCUGAAACAGCAGCACUCUCGCCUCUCGAGCUUGACGUCGAUACCCGAGUCGGCUCCUCCGAGACCUCGCACAGCUGUGAAGUUCACGAUCGAUUCGAGAGGCAGGGCGCGGGCCGAGACCACCAUGGUGAUGGAUGAGCCGCGACUCGAGGAGGUACGAAGACUCCCGGUGACCCGGGAGAUGCCGCGCAGGGAGAAGAGCUGGGAAUCCGAGGAUGACGACUCUUCGACAGACGACGAACCAAUCAUCAUUCCCAGCCGAAAUACUUCGUUCGCAUUACCAGAUCCUCGUCGACCGUCGUCGGCCUCCAUGUUCCAUUCGUCUCGAAGGAGCGUUAGUGAACACAGCUCGAGCAGCUUGGGGGCGUCGGUUUCGCAGCACGAGGCUGAGAGCGAGGCCGAAACAGUGAUGAACGAGGCACAGGGAAAGGGGGGUGAUGCAGCAAGCGAGCUACGGAAGCUCGUUGAGAGCCGACAAAAGCGUGGACAUCAGGCACCUGGCAGUCAACGAUCACAGCGAUUUGCGUCGGGCAGUUUUCAAGACCACCUCGGGGGUAUGAUGUCACCGACGGGUUUCACGGAGGCCAGCCUACCCUCGCCGACGAAAGCGACGUACAACGUUCGAUGCGUCUGCAGGAACAGCACGGAUAGACAGGGAGAGUACAUGGUCCAAUGUGAGUCCUGCGAAAUGUGGCUCCAUGGAUCGUGUAUCAACAUAUCCAAGCGGACACUUCCAUCCGUGUACAUAUGUGCCUUCUGUUCAAACACACCCAACAUGCGAGGCGGUCGACUCCGGGGUAAUGGCCCGACGCUGGGACCGCCUGGGGCGAGCCCGCUAGCCCGCAAAUCAUUCAGGUAAUACGUGAGUGCAUUUUGGAGCACAACGAUAAUGACCGGCCCCGAAAAGUCGAUGACGGCACGCGAGGAAAAGAAAAGGUUUAGAAAGAGAAACGGGGCAAUCCGUCAUCACGUCAUCUUGGAUAUUGAUGAGUAUAUAUAAUUCCCGAGUACAUACCUUGCGGCUUAAUUAUGAAUAACAAACGAGAGGAUGCUAAGAAAGAGAAUACUGGAGCUAUUGUGAGAUGACUGGAAUUAUGCAGAGUGACCGAGGAAGCAAUGUGAAGGUGGAUGUACCGAUCUCCGAAAAUCUCAGUAAAAGGCCUAGCUGGACCUCGGCGGGAAUUCUGGCAACACCCAGGAGACUAGCGAUGCCAUCGUUGAUAGGCUGGCCAAAUUUCUCAAGGGAAGACCGAGGGCGUGGGUAAAUAGUGUGGAUAGUUGGCUUACAGUGUUCACAGCAUGAUACAAGAGGAC